AAACUUAUAGCAUAUGGGCACUUGACAGGGAAUGCUCCAGACAGUACAACUCCAGGCAAAAAAUUAAUUGAUAGAAUUAUUGAGACAAUAUGUGGCUGUUUCCAAGGCCCUCAAACAGACGAAGGGGUUCAGCUACAAAUAAUAAAGGCUUUGCUCACUGCAGUAACAUCUCAACACAUAGAAAUCCACGAAGGAACAGUGCUACAGGCUGUAAGGACAUGUUACAAUAUCUAUCUAGCAAGCAAAAAUCUUAUAAAUCAAACCACAGCCAAGGCCACUCUAACACAAAUGCUGAAUGUCAUUUUUGCACGUAUGGAAAAUCAAGCACUUCAGGAAGCAAAACAGAUGGAGAAGGAAAGACACAGACAGCAACACCAUCUACAGCAGUCUCCAGUAAGCCAUCAUGAGCCUGAGUCACCUCAGCUGAGACAUAUUCCAACACAGACUGAUCAGCUGUCCAAAGAACAUGAGAGAGAGCUUGACCACAGCACAAAUGAUGUAGACAAGAACCUUCAAGAAGAUGCAGAGGCAGAAAAUGGAUCGGAUAUUUCUAGUGCUGAAAAUGAACAGACAGAAGCUGACCAAGCCACAGCAGCAGAAAAUCUUUCUAAAUCUGAUGGAGGAACAUAUGAUGGUGAAAGCAAUGAGUGUGAAGAGAAGGCACAAGAAAUUGUAGAAAGUAUUGUGCAGGAAAUGGUGAACAUAGUAGUUGGAGACGUGGAAGGGACUGCUGAAAGUGCAGGUGGUGAUGGCACAAUUGUAACAUCAGAGGAUGGCAGUGACAGUGAAAACAUUCAGGCAAAUGGAAUUCCAGGGACUCCAAUUUCUGUUGCUUAUACACCAUCUUUACCUGAUGACAGAUUAUCUGUCUCUUCCAACGACACUCAGGAAUCUGGAAAUUCUUCAGGACCUACCCCUGGUGCUAAGUUUUCCCACAUUUUACAAAAGGAUGCCUUCCUUGUAUUCAGGUCACUUUGCAAACUCUCCAUGAAGCCCCUGUCAGAUGGACCACCAGAUCCAAAAUCUCAUGAACUGCGAUCAAAGAUUCUUUCAUUGCAGUUGCUUCUGUCAAUUCUGCAAAAUGCAGGACCUGUCUUCAGGACAAAUGAGAUGUUUAUUAAUGCUAUUAAGCAGUACCUUUGUGUUGCACUGUCAAAAAACGGAGUCUCGUCAGUUCCAGAAGUUUUUGAACUUUCACUUUCCAUAUUUCUUACCCUCCUCUCGAACUUUAAGACUCAUCUAAAGAUGCAGAUCGAG